CUGCUCUUUCAUCAUCGAUCUAUAAUAUAAAAACCUGCAAUUAUUGCUCUGUUCACGAUUGUUGCUUGCUUUUGUUGUGUUGUUUCGGAGAUUGAUUUGGUACAGGACAGCUAGUUUAAGUUAUUGCCUUGAUUGGCUUACUCCUGGUGAAUACAGCUUCUACGCUGCAGCAUGGGGCCUCAAUGUCUUCUCAUCCCCCCAAAAAAUCGUACUCAAACACACAGUGCCACACACUCACGCUCACAAGCGCAAAAACACACCCACAAACACGCACCCACACAAAAGACACGCAUGCACACACAAACACUCAGAAACACAUGCAAAUGCACAGUACUGAAUGUGCGUCACGUGCACACGUGCGUACACGCACACGCGAACGGACAUACACCUGCACAAAUGCAAACAUAAACACACAUCCAGCCCAAAUGCACACGUGCACGAACACACACAUGCCACACUUUCUCGAUUUCCAUCUCAUUGCCUUCUGCCUUUCCAUCUUCCUGAUUGGGGCACACCUGCGCACAUACACACGCGCGAUGCGACAGCAUGCCAAUAUGGGGCAUAACCUUUCUUGCCGGGCCACAUUACCUAUACAUAGUGGAAGAUGAGCAGCAAACGAUGCUAGAGUUGGAAGAGGAGAAGCAGUCAAGUUGGAAGCUGGGAACAAUGGUUGGAGGGAGGGAGGGUAAGGCCGGGGAGGGUGGCAGAGAAAAUGGGGGGGGGGGGGGGGGGGGGGGGAGGCAAGCGGAAGGAUGGGAGGAUGGACAAGGAUGUGGCGAUGAGAAUGAGAAGAAUGAGCAGCCGGAGGUUGAGGUGAAAGAAAUGAGUUUAGAGGAUGGGAACAGGAUCAGCCGUUGAGACUGCCGAGCAGUCUGUAUGUCACUGAGGGAUUGCCGGUCUAAGGUGGAUGAUGUUUCUGCUCAUCUAUCCUUUCUUAUUUGGCUCGGGGUGAUGUUCUGAUCUUGCUUCCAGAUUGUCUCUCUUGUGCCUUGUUUAGAUUUGCUGUGGAUUGCUUUCUGUUUGUUUAUUGUUUUGCCUUCGAUUGUGAUAUGGGCAUCCUUUGCUUUGCCUGCCAUUGGUCGGUCUGUGGCUGAACAAUUCACCGAGUUGUACCGGCGAUUGUCGACUUGUGCCAAGCAUCGGUUCAUUAAUAUAUAGACUUCUUUUCAGGAUUGUCGUGUAGCUGGUAUGAAUGUGAUUGUGAUUGGCUGGUUUAGUACUCCGAUGCUUUUUACUGUUUCUCUUUUUCUUUCCCUUUCUUUUGUUUUUCACCUUCUCCUCGUUGGCGAUUCCAGUGUGGUACUCGUUGUUCCUUCUUUGACACCGUGACAGCAUUAGACUCUACUUAUACCAUAUCUCGAUACCGGAUGCCAGCAUUUACUUAUUCCGCUUUUGGCCAAUUGAAUUGACUGUCUAUUUUUCUUCCUUUGUCAGAGGAGGUGGCGGUAGACAAAUAUGGCUCUUUCUGCUGUACUGCUUUUUGAAGUUUUUUUUUUCCUUUUUUUUUCCCUUUGUUAAAAAUUUUACUGUCCUGUUCCAGUGUGUUGCAUUUGUUUCUUCUGUGAUACCUUUCACAGCGUUAAGUAUUUUCGGUGUCCUCUUUUUUUUUUUUUUUUUUUUUUUUUUUGUCUUCUCUACAGACUUGGGUUCGUUUCUCCUUAGAUCCCAUUCACAGCACUUUGGUGUCCUGCUCAUAGUCCUCUUAUGGGAUUACUAUCUAUCUACCACAUAUCAGUAGCGGAUGACACCAUUUAUGUAGCCUGAUUUCAGCCAAAUGCAAUUGGCUAUAAUGUUUAUUCGUCUGCCUUUGGAAGUUCAGGUGGUGGUAGCAGCAGGCUCUUCUUGCUGACAUGUCAUUACGACAGGACUGUUCUGCUUCUGAGGCUAUAAGCAAGCAAGGUGGAAAACGAAAAGAGGAGGGUGUGCCUGCAAACGAUGCAGACCUGCUUCUGCGGCCAAGCAAGAGGGAGAUGGAAAAGAGGACAUGGUGCCUGCAAACGUGUGUUUCAUUUGCAGGAUGUUUAUAGCAGCUAUCAAUGAGCGUUCAGCUUGAUACUUGCACUAUUUUUAUACCCAGCAAUUAGCAUUCAGCGAUCGCUUUUCUUCUUUCUCACUCCGUCCUGUGAUUGGAUUUGCCCACUUUCCGCGUAAUCAGAUGAUGUUGGUGGGCAAGUGCUUGGUGAUGAAUGCCCUAGUAGUCUUUCUUUGAUGUGUGAACUUGUCAAGUUGUUGGACUGCUGAUGGUGUGAACUUUCCGCGUAAUCAGAUUCCAGUCAUUGCAAGAGGUGAUGGUGAUGGUGAUGGUGCUGCUGCUGCUGCUGGAAUCAUUUGGAUGCUACUCCCACCGGAGCGUCAAUUGAAGGACAUGUUCGGGUGCGAAUGGUACUUCGAACUUUUCUGCAGUGUUCAGGUGGAGAAGCGCUUUGGGCACGGGUUCACUGCACAGGCAUAUGAUCGUUGAAUGUAGGCCUAGGCAGGCAUCAUAUUUUCUAAGAUGCCUUCAGGAUGUUGGUCACGUGGCGAGGUCCGUCCUCAGUUGGGCAGUUGUUGUUUUCGGGGGUUUAUCUCACCCUGCCUUCAUGUAUACGAAUGAGCAAAUAUGUAUAUCAUUUGAGAAUAUGUGGAGUUUCAAGUUGUUGUUUUGUCUUGUGUAGAGAUUGAAUCGAUGAAUUGCUCGUCUUUGGCUACAGGUACAGAAACUUUAUCUUUUGUCUUUCAUUUCAUUUUGUUUUUUGUUUUAUUUUAUUUUGUUUUUUGUUUUAUUUUGUUUUGUUUUAUUUUAGUUUAGUUUUUAAGAUUUUCUCC